AUGUCACUUCCGCCCUUUUUCACACGCCAUUUUGGACAGAACAUGUUAUGGAUUGGGAUGUAUUGUUAGAGCAAAUUGAGCGAAUACGUUAAUUGCCUCUCAUUGCUGUAAUAAUUUAGAAAUAGGUAGACUGUCGUGAUAAAGGAAGCGCGCUCUCUGUCGCCAGAUUUUCCCUCGCCCUUGAUGCAAGCUAGCUAGAUGAGUUGCAUUACAUCCCCGGCAGCCAAGCAGAGGCAGACAGCUCUGGGGUCGGAUAGUGACAGAAGGCGAGCUCCCUCUUUCGGUGUGGUGUGUCCGCCUUGGGAUCGGUUAGUCCAAAUUGCCCGGCAAGAACUAGAGGAGGAGGGAAAGUGAUCCCACUGGCUUACGCUUUGUCUUUCGGCGAUUGCGCUGCGAGACAACAUCAUUGCUACCUCUGCGGGAAGGCAGUUCCGAGGCAGGUGAGCAGUAUGUUUCAGCUCCCAAUCAACAACCUUGGCAGUUUAAGAAAAGCCAGGAAAAAUGUAAAGAAAGUACUUGGGGAUAUUGGCUUAGAGUUUUGCAAGGAACACAUUGAUGAUUAUAAAGACUUUGUACCCAAUGAGUUCUAUAUCAAGAACACCACAUGGGAUGAUGUAUGCAUGUGGGAUCCUUCCCUUACCAAAACACAAGAAUACCGGUCGAAGCCAUUCUGUUGUUCAGACUGCCCCUUUUCUUCAAAGUUCUUUUCUGCUUACAAGAGCCACUUUCGCAAUGUCCACAGUGACGAUUUUGAGAAUCGUAUCCUCCUUAACUGCCCGUAUUGCACUUACAAUGGGAACAAGAAGACCCUGGAGACACACAUCAGACUGUUUCACAUGCCUAACAAUGUGGUGCGCCAGGGCACUGGGGGCCCCCAGGGGACAGUAGCUGGCCUGAAGGAUGGUGUUCGUCUGGACAAGGUUCGAGACAAUGUAGAGCAGGCAGUGUACUACUGUAAGAAAUGCACUUAUAGGGACCCACUCUACAAUGUGGUGCGCAAGCACAUCUACCGGGAACAUUUCCAGCACGUUGCUGCUCCGUAUAUGGUCAAGCCUGGUGAGAAGACAUCGACGCCUAAUGGAUCAGCAGCUGAUACUGGCACAGGGAACACUACAGAUUCCAAUAGCACUGCAGGUGGUGGCAAUAGUAAUAGCACAGCUAUCCACUGUAAGCGUUGCCUCUUUGUGCCGCGCACCUAUGAGGCACUGGUGCAGCAUGUCAUUGAGGACCAUGAACGCAUUGGUUACCAAGUCACCGCCAUGAUUGGACAUACGAAUGUGGUGGUACCUCGUGCCAAACCUGUUGUUAUGGUGUCCCCCAAGGCCCAGGGAGAGAAGAGUAUUAUUGGUGUUGCACCAAAGGGCCCCCUGGUGACUGCUGGGGUGCGGCCAUUGUCUGCACAGCAGCUGAGUCGCAUUGUUAUUCCCAAGGGGAGUUUGAACUCAACUGGGCUCCUAUCAGGUGUUCCAUUGAAGUCAGGCACAUUUGGCUUGAAGCCUGGCACCACUCAGGCAUUGUCCAUUGGAGGACAACAAGUGCGUAUUACCUUGCCAGGCAAUGCACAGCUUUCAGUGCCCCAACAGUCUCAGACAGCCAAGCCUCAGCUUUCUGCUAGUGCUCUACGCAGCACAGUUUCUGCAUCAACAUCCACUUCUGUUCUGAAGAUUCCUCCAUUGACUUCACGAAUCCAGGCAGCGGCUGCUAAUGUAACAUCUGCCGCUCCUAAAAAAGGUGCCUCUGUCCUGGGCACGUCUUAUACUCAGAAAUGGAAGAUCUGCACGAUCUGCAAUGAGCUGUUUCCCGAAAAUGUCUACAGUUCACAUUUUGAGAAAGAACACAAAGCGGAAAAGGUGCCUGCGGUGGCUAACUACAUCAUGAAGAUCCACAACUUCACAAGUAAAUGCUUAUACUGCAACCGCUAUCUACCUAGUGACACAUUGCUCAACCACAUGCUAAUCCAUGGCCUGUCCUGCCCACACUGCAGAGCCACUUUUAACGAUGUGGAAAAAAUGGUGGCACACAUGCGAGGGUCACAUCCCAAUGAAUCUGUUGGGGUACGCACUGAUUCUCCACUGACUUUUGAUCUCACUCUUCAGCAGGGCAACCCAAAAAAUGUCCAGCUGAUUGUCACCACUUACAAUAUGCGGGAUGCGCCUGAAGAGUCUGUGGCAUUCCAUGCCCAAAACAAUGCUUCACCUACAGCCCAAGGAAAUAAGCCUGCAACUCCACAUUUCCCAAAGAUACCCACAGAGGCCCCAGAUGCAACACCGGCUAAGAGCGCACCACAGGCAGCUGUCCCAUACAAGAGGGAUGUGGGCAAGACCCUCUGCCCACUCUGCUUCUCCAUUUUGAAGGGCCCCAUUUCUGAUGCCCUUGCACACCACUUGAGAGAGAGACAUCAGGUAAUCCAAACAGUACAUCCAGUGGAGAAAAAGCUAACCUACAAAUGUAUCCAUUGCCUUGGUGUUUACACCAGCAACAUGACUGCCUCCACUAUCACUUUGCACCUGGUGCACUGUCGGGGUGUGGGCAAGACUCAGAACGGCCAGGACAGCAGGCCUGCUCCGACUUCUAGAGUAGUCAAGGCUCAGGGAGCUUCUUUAAAAAGGGCCGGGUUUCAUAAUGAUGAAGAAACUGACCCAAAGAAACGGAAAGUAGGGCCAGGGGACCAGGCUCAGCCAAGCCCACCUGUUGAUCUAAAAGAAGAACCUGUUGUGUUAGCUUUGGAUCCAAAAGGCCAUGAGGAUGAGUCAUAUGAGGCUCGCAAGGCCUUCCUUACCCAGUAUUUCAACAGGCAGCCCUACCCCACCCGCAGAGAAGUGGAGAAGCUGGCUUCCAGUCUCUGGCUGUGGAAAUCUGACAUUUCAAGCCAUUUCGCUAACCGAAGAAGGAAAUGUGUUCGAGACUGUGAAACGCAAAAAGUUAGUGUUCUUCUUGGAUUCAACAUGCACCACGUUACACAGUUGCAGCAUGCGAUGGACUUUAACACUGAGUGGUAUUUUGAAGCCCGUGAUCAGGAACAGAAAAGUCGGACAUCUAUGGAUUUCAUAGGUAGAUCUACCAAUGCAAUGAGACGAUUGCAACAAAUAUCUUCUUCUAAUGGUGAUGUGCAACUGCAAGGGGUGCCAGGUAGGUCUUCUGCCAAAGCUUCACCUCACUCAAAUGGCCAAAAGGCCAGUGCAGGGAGCAACUGUAAUGAGUCAGCCAAGAUAAUCGGAAAAUCUGGGGGACUCGUAAAUUCAGAGCCCAUCUCUGUUGACUCCGAUAGUGAGGAUGAAAAAAACGUCAAGGCUUCGCAGCAAAACGAGGACUCUCAAGUCAGCAGCCAGAUAGAUAGUGGGGCGGUAAUAGAGACUGAAAGUGAAGAGGGUGCAAGUGACUCUGAUCCAGAGGACUCCCUCAAUGGUGAAAAUGGUUACGGGUCAGUGGACGACCUGCAAAAAAGAGGGAGGCCCAAAGAAGAGGGCCAAUCGGGCAUCAUGACCAAGCUUGGACAAUCAGGAUCCUGCCUUGGCAAGCAGCAAGUCUGAUUUUUACAGUUGAUACAGUUAUCAAAACUUCACAUACAUACACCAUGUUUGUUACAUUUGCCAGACGCCAACAAUGCUGCCUCAUCUGUACUUAAGGACCGUGGUCAUGGGCAGCAGUGGGAUAUUGCUUUCCUAAACUUCCUGAAGCCAUUUUCAAGGGCAAAAAAGUAACAUUUUUGCUAUGUAAAGAUGAAUGCUAAAUUAGAUGAAUGAACUGGGGGCAAGAAGCAGCUUUUCCUCAGGGUAGGGAAAGAAAACACUGAAAAUGCACCAAACAGUAGAUGAUGUUUUGCCUUCAGUUUGUUUCUUUGAGAGUUUCACAUAAGUACUUAAUGUUUGUUUAGCCACUCUUGUGGCAGAAUGAGUGUUUAUUAGAACUACAGGUAUUCUUGAAUUUCAUGUAACCAUAUAGAAUAGCUAGUGUAUAUUUGUACAGUCUUUUAGAUAUGUCUAAGGAGAUGUUGGUGUAGGUGUACUCAGAGAUUUGCUAUUCAAUUUGUGCUCAUGCUAGAUGGACAUGUUCUACAUUGGUUCACUUAAUGGAUGUGGCUUUUGGUGGCUGUUCUUCAUGGUUAUUUUUUAACAAACUAUAGCAUUUUGCUAAGUAAUAUAUCUAUAUAUCGAAAGCAAAUUAAAAUUAACAUAACCUCUUGCUUUUUUUGUGCUUUAUAAAGGAAGUAUUCAUUUUUAUUAUUAAAAAAUUGCCACAACAUACUUUUUGGUCCACUGUAGGACAGAUUCCCCUGACACCACAUCUCUCCCAAGUUCAGAGUGAAGAGCAGGUGGAUAACUGCCUUAGCGAUUUGUAGUCUGAUUGUGUUCAGUUUGGAGUCUGAUUGUGCUCAGACUGACCUGUACUUGCUUUCUAGCUUCUCUUUCAGUAGUUGGAAUUUUUUGUUUUGUUUUUCCUUGUAUGGACUCUUGCUAUAGCCUGUGGUGCACAGACAGCAUUCACCAUCAACCCAACUUUGUUGUGUCUGUAUGUUUAAGUUUGUGAGCUGAAAUUUAUGUUUGUGCAUUUUUGUUUUGGUUGGUUUAUUUGUCACUUAAAGCAUUUCUGAAUAAUAAAGUGCUGUAUCGUGCUUCUCACA